GUACAAAACCUUUCGGUAGGUUCGCUCAGUGGCUGCUUUGUGCGAAGCGACGGCCAUGCCCCUAUCCGCGACGAUUCGCUGAUGUAUGCUUUUUUUUUGCGGGGGACAAUGAUGUAUGUUUUUGACCAGCAAACACGUGAUUUUGUUGCAGCGGUCACAUCUCACAUGUAAGUAAGAUCAUCGUCCUCUCGUUGCGUCGAGAGCGUGAUACGGUGUGCUGGAAAACAGCAGCACAGCAGGUCCCGACGCUACGUACACCCCAUGCUCAUCGUGCCGGGACAAGCACUAGCCGGUCGAGGACGGAGGAGGAUAGGGGCAUGGCACGUCACGCUCCCGACCCCCGAAUCCAUCCAUCCAUCUCACCUGCACCACCACGGCAAUCAAUCAAUCAAUCAAUCAGUCGACCUCCACUCCACCCCACUCCACCAGCUAGUCACUCACUCGGCUGCACCAGCACCAGCACCAGCUAGUGAACCGGGGCGAGCCUCGCUUUCACGGAGCACUGCCCGCCGCCGCGUGCUAGCCAGCCUGCCAGCCAGCCAGAGAAAGAACCGGAGGGAGGCAGGCCAUGGCGACGCCGGAGCACGCGCACGCGGGCCGGGGCAACGCGACGGCCACCGCAAUCGCGACCAACAGGUGGGGGCCCUACUCGGGCGCGGGCGACUUCGCGGGCAACAUGGCCAUCAUCCUCGCGUCCCUGCUCGCCGCGCUCGCGCUCGCCCUCGCGCUCCACGCCGGCGUCAGGUGCCUGCUCCGCCGCCGCCGGCAACGGCAGCGGCAGGGGCGGGGCGUCGACGGCGCGGCUGAAGGAGACCCGGAGAAGCCGGCCGUGGCGGAGCCGGCGCCGCCGCCCCCGCUGCCGCCGCUGCUGGUGUACUCGGCGUCCGGGACGCGGCUGGCGGGCGCGGCGGCGCACGAGUGCGCCAUCUGCCUGGCCGAGUUCGCGGACGGCGACGCCGUGCGCGCCAUGCCGGCGUGCGGCCACGGCUUCCACGCGCGCUGCAUCGAGCGCUGGCUCGCCGUCCCCACCUCCGCCGCAGGGUCACGCCGCCCCUCCUGCCCCACCUGCCGCGCGCCGGCCGCGCCGCCCUGACGCGGGCACGCGCGCGCGCGAGACAUUCCCUUGUUGUGUUGGCAAGCGCGCUCCGUUUGGAUUGCUCCCUCUCGAGUUCUUCUCUUUUUCUUUUUUCAGUUUGUUCCGCGUGUAAAUAUCCGUCGAGUUCGGGAUUUGGAUUUUCGAAACAGGCUCCAUCUUUGUGUUAA